GAUUUGGUUCUACCGAAAGAGACGUGGAAGAGACGCUUCUGAGAAUCAAACACAGCCCGGUUGGUAUCCCACUCUAGAGGAAUCGAUCGACAGAAAAAAAAACGAAACGAAAAGAAACUGCGAUAGCUUUUUUGCAGGCGAAGCCAAAUUCAAACCAAGCAAUACCACGGAAGCGAGAAGAACAAUCCGGACCCAGAUCCCAGAAACCAUGGCUCAAGUCGAUUCUUCUUCGUCGUCAUCCUGCUCUCCGACGAAGCCCACCGAGGCAUGCGCCACCCCGGGUAGCCUACCCCAAACACCACCAACAACGGAGGCCAACGCGAUUCCUGCGAGGCAGAAGCCCACCGAACAACACCAUAGUCGAAUGCCACAGGCGUCGCAGUCAAAAUCAUCGGAGGCGUCGCAACCGACAACACAGUCCACAGCCGAGCGAGAAGCGAAGCUAAAAGCCGAAGCAAGGGCCUAUGCCCUGAGCGGAGAAACCAGAGAGAAAACCUCGAAAACAAAACGAAAGCUGCCGCUCCCAGUUGGAAAGACGAACACUGCUGCUCCGCGUGCUCCCGCAACGACAGCGGAACGUCCACAGCCCCAUUAUUUGCCAGCAGUACACAGAGUCACUCAACCAGACAAGAAGAGAGCGAAGAUCACGGGAGCAGUGAAAAGCGCAACGUCCACCAAACCAGUAGCGGGAAUACCGAAGCGUUCUGCCACAAAGAACGCCACUCCAACAUAUUAUUCCACCGCUCCGCUCCAAGCAAAGCGACAGCAGGUUAAGCUUCCAUUGCCGCCGGCAACCCAAGCAUUUGUGGCAAACAGUUCAAAAAUCAAAGCAAUGUCAAAUCCACAACACGCGCUGACCAUUCCCGCAUCCUCUAGAAUGCCCCAGCGAUCCAAGGUGACUGCAAUUCCGGCAGCGGUCGGGGUUCCAUCAUCAACAACUACAAAGGUUUCGGCAUCGAAACCCAAGCCAUCCACCACCAAUUUUGCACCGGGAGCGAGCCAACCAACAACCAAUCCCAAGACGGCGACUUCCGUCAAAUCCGCGAAUCCCAACAUCAAGAACUACAACGACAAGUACGAUCCGGAAUACCUCAAGAUGAUCCAAUCCCUCGGCGAACUCGAUGACUUCUCCAUCUGGGACAACCUUUCUGACGUCGAAGACGUGGAUUUUCGUUUGAGCGAUUCGGAGGGCGACGAGUUCGACGAUGACGAGGAGGACGACUUCGACAUGGACAUUGAGAUGGACGAAGACGAGAAAAGCGUGCCAGUUCGGCCGGAACGCAUGGCGGGAGCUCCCACGCCAUUGCCGGAAGCAUCGUCGAGGAGUGGGAAGCCCAUUCCUGGAACUGGCGCGCAAUCCGGAGUACAUGGGCCCGUUUCCGUUACGGCACCGUCCUCUCCUACCGUGGAAAACAGAGCAGUAGCCGAAGCCAAGACUCCCUGCGGGGCGUUGUCCGGCCACAAUAACUCCAAUGGAGACGGAAGCGCGGAUAUUUUGUCCUCCCCCUCGCUGCCUAUCCUCAGCGGCUGGGGAGGCAAGGACAAGGACAACGACGACGAGCUGUACCGAAACCUAGAGGAGGAACUCGGAGGCCUACUGGAGGAAGACUUGGAGGCGGCCGUCCAGUCUCUGUAUACCACCUCUGCGGCAGCAUCUGGUGAGGAUAGCGGCAAGAAAAAAAAGGGACGAAAAGGAGCGGCGGGGGGAGCAGCGGUCUCUUCCUCCAAAAAGCAGCAGCAGCAACAGAAGCAAGCACGAAACAACCAAUUGCAGCUGCCUACUCAGCAGAACCAGGCUUCCACCGCCGCCUUUGUUGCCACCACCGUGGGUACCGCUCCGGGUGGGGCCAACACCCCCGUUACGGCGGCAAUCCUUGCCGCGGAAGCAAAGCGAAAGGCGGAGGAGGCUUCCAAGCAAGCCGGUGCCGCGGGCCCCAAGAACCAUAACCAGGUUCGUACCGGGGGAAACCCCGGCGCCAAAUCGCCACCAGACACUCCCGAGACACCGCUCCGGGAUGCUGCCAGGCAUUCGAGGGCCGCUGUGACCUACAAGCAAUCCCAGCAGCUUCGGACACUCCUGCGCAAGCACUACCAGCUGUUGACUCAGCAGGCCAUCCUGAGCGUCCGGGCCGCCCAAUAUCUCAAGACGGGGUCUGGAGGCAGCACCGCUUCGAACCAUCCGUCCGGCGCUAAAACCAAGAGUUCUGCAAACCCACCGGCGGCAAAAGCGACUACUCCCUCUACUGCCACAACGUCUCCUGAAAAAGCGAAGAACAAGAGCGGAAGUGGGGGUGGCGAUUUUUUGAGCGGGGAAAACGAAACGGAUCUGACGGAAAUCCUAGACCUAGCAGUGGGCAUGCUGCAAGACCUGGACCAAAACCGAAAAGAUUCGAUUCGAACAUCGAUCCAGUUGGCCCUUACCAGUAAUAACAACAAUAGCAAUGGGAAUGCAAAUUCCAUUACGAAUGCCCACGAACCGAAGACCAGUACCAGCGAGGCAGUCAAUGCCAAUGAGAAGAGUGGUGGUUGCGGGUUAGGUUGCAAUUUUGACAAGGGGAAGCACAAUGCUAGCUCGGGAAAGGCCAGCGUCGAGAAUGGUGGAAAUAGCAGUGGCAAUGGGGUUGCAAGCACGGGGGCCAGGCGAUCACUCAUGUCGCAAUUCGACGAAGGGGAGGACAAUGGCAAGAGCCACAAGAAGCAGCAGUCGCAAGACAAUCAACACCGCAAUCCGAACUCAUUCUCCGUGUCUUCCCAGCUGGCUCCUAUUUCGAACCAGGGACGGCUGACCCGUGCCGCCUUUCGGAGAUUGCAGGCACAGCCUAUCGCGGGGUCAAGACGAACGGCCUUUGACAUUCCGGGGUUGUUGAAGCUUGACGAAACCUUUGCUACUAUCGAUGACAGCGUCAACAUCGAAGCAAAUCGAAACCUUUCGUCCACAGAUGGCAACAACAAAAGUGACGAAAACAAGGACAAGAAGAAAACCAAAAAAGUAAACAUUCUGGAAGCGGUAACCCAUGCCCAGGCAUGCCGAGAUGCACUAAAGGAUGUUGGCGCAAACGUCGACGAAGAAUUGUUGCCUGGGAUCAUGGAUCUGUCCGAGAACUUUUCGCAGCUUCAGGAGCACCUCGGAGACGACUUUCGGCCCCCCUGUACGCCGGAACAAGAGCAAUUUCUGCGCAAGAACCGCAACCUAUUCACCUCCGGAGAGGACAAUCUGGUCUUGCGGGGAGUCAAUCUAUAUGGUGAAAAGCAAUGGAUAUUAAUUGGCGAUCGAUACCUUCCAGAUCGGUCCAUCAACAUAAUUUCCCAGAGGUAUUCGAAACUCUGUGUUAUGCUCUAUAAAGCGCACGGGAUUUACGUUGACGCAAAGGGAAACCUUGUAGAACCUCCCAAAUUGGAAUCAGUCGACGAUAUCGACGAAACGAAAGUAAAGGCUGCGGGGCUGAAAUUGGUGGAACCGCCCGCCAUAUUGAAUGUCCAUCGGUGGUCGAUGGAAGAGGACCUGACAAUUUUGAAAGCGGUUCCCAUCAUGGGACACAUGUACGUAUUAAUGGUUGUUUUUGCUUUAGUGUAUGGCUUCGUCUUUCGAGAUUUCAGCUUUGAAUGUUUAUUUUCGCCCAUUUGUCUCAAGCACUCGUUACGACAUGGUUUCAUUGCGUACUUCGAUUUUUAAAGGUGGGCGGAGUUGGGAGCUAGACUUAUUCCUCAUCGAGACAGGGGGCACUUGCGAAAACGCUAUCAAGUCUUGGAAAGACGAGUCAAAGCUGCGAUUACGCGUGGGUUCAAGACGGCCGCGAAAGCCAAAAACGGGACAAAAACCGCGUCGAGAUCCACUUGCCGUGCAAGUGCUUCCAAAGCGAGAAGCAAAACACCGGCAAAGGCAGCAUCAAAGACAAUAGCAAAGCCAACAAUUGGCGCAGCUGCUUCGAAAACGAUGAUUGCACCCAAGCCAAGCCCACCGCCUACAUCAGCUUCGAAAGUGCGGGCAUCUCCCGGUCGGAGUGCAAAGAAAGCUCCCUUACCAGCCAAAUCCCCGUCAAAGACAAAAUCCAAAGCGGCUUCCACGAAUCCGAGUCCCGGCGUUCGGGCGAUUGCUUCGAAAGCCGGAUCUAUCGAGAAAAACGCAGUGAUGUCGCUCGAAAGUGCCGCCGCUUCGCUUGCAGGCAUGCAAGUGAAUAAAAUCGCGGCGCCGAAACCAUCGGCGACCCCAACUUUGGCUCCGAAGCGUGCCAUUCUUUCAAAAGUAACCACGGCGUCAGGGUCCCCAUAUGCUCCGAAGCAGCAAACCAAACCUGCGUCGUAUCCACAACCGAAGGGGCAGGCGCAAGUUGAAGCGGGUGGCACGCCUUCAAAAUUUUCCUCGCCACCUCAUCCUGCACAUCCGGUUGGCAGCAAGAACACACCACAGCACCAGCAUCCUCCCCAUCCCCACUAUCCCUACCAUUAUUAUCCUGGGUAUUAUCAUCCGCACUAUCCGUAUCCUCCGCAUCCCGGCCACCCUUCGAAUGAGAAAAACAAGGGACAACAUCCAUCGACGGCGCAGAACGGCACACCCCCUCAUCCGCCGUCGACCCCGAAGAAUUACUAUCCAAAACCGAGUUUUUCCGCAGAAGGGAAAAGGCUCAACCUCGCGUCGCCGAAGCCGAGUGGUGGUGCUCGGCCACCAAAAGAACUGAAUACACCGAACAACAAGUCGUUCAUGGCAAGCAUACCAAAGAUGGUGGGAGAGCAUCUUGCGGCCUUCAGCGGCGAUGGGGACGCCUCGCGGCUUGCGUACGAGAAGCUGAUCGAAGGAAUCGGCGGUGGGAACGAGGACACGCAGAUGUCCAAGCUGAAGAAAAUGAUGGAGAACGAAGACGAGAACGAGGCCGCGAACGCGAUUGUCAGCCACCUGGCAAAGAGUCCCGGCCGCGGAUUUUCGAAUCUUCUUUCGAGUCCUUCCAAACAGCCGCCGUCGAGUCCGAGGGAAGUCUCGACCACGUCGGGCCUUAGCAUCAUGGCCAGGGUGCUGGGAAAUUCCUCGAGCAACCCCAAACGAAAACAGGCCGGGGUGGAAACAACAAGCGAUGGUCCAUCGAAGAACCUCUCGUCGUCUUCUGUUUCUGACUAUCCGAAACCAUUCGCAAGUCCGAAGAAGAGACAAGCCGGUUCGUUUCCUGGCCACGGGCCUCUGGCAACUGCUGCCCCAGAGACCCCCCAGAGGGAUCCGUCCUCGACGAACGGCUUUUAUUCGACCAGCGGAACCCCCCUGGGUCUGUCCCCUGGACUGCGAUCCCUGGGCGCCAGUGCCCUGCUCAAGAACGACGGAAUCGGAAGCACGAGCCUCACGGUUCCGUUUUCGCCGGCUCCCAACCACGGCAGCCAAAGCGGGCUCCUGCUCAAGGGAGGCAACGAGGGCACGAGCACGAAUUUCACGGUCCCGUACUCUCCGGCACCGAGCAUGCUCUUUCGGGCCUUUGACGAAAAGACGGGCGACGAAAACCGGUUCGCCUUUGACCACGACCACGAUGGGAGGGUCUGCGGAGAGGACUCGAACCAGCAGCUGGGAGACCUGGCGGUGGGGGCCGAUCUUUCGGAUACAGCCCACGGCGUUGCCAACACCAUGAACCACCCCCCGCCACCCAACAACGGAAACUCGCUGAUCAUUGCACCCGACGAGUUCGACGCGAUUUCCGGCCUGGGAGCCCUCUCGAAUUCUCCCUUCAAGACCGUAAAAUCGCUUUCCCAGAGAGACCACGACAACGACGACGGUGAAGAAAAGAAGAACAGCCAGAAACCAACGAAAUCUUUCUUUGCAAGGGUCAUGGGCGACUCGAAGGAACCGUCGCCGCAGAAAAAGCUGUUUUAGGAGUGGAACGGAGCGGCACGUUGCAAACCGGGAAAGCGACUGUGUGUGUAUCGAAUCGUAUUUAUUAUUUUCAUGUUGCCGAUGGAGAAUGUUGUGAAAAUACUACUGUAGAAUGCAAUAAAUAGAACACAAUAGU